CCUUCCGUCUGACCUUAAUAAAGAUGGCGGCUGUCCAGAAAGGUGCUGCACGAGUUGCCCGCAGUUUAGCGGAGGAGAUCAGAGCAAAGAAAAUAAUUAAACUUCCACAGACGGCUCCUUCUGUAGUGAACCUCCGAGAGCUUCGUGGCCGCCUGGUGAAAGAGGACCCAGACCUUGUGUUGAUUAAUAAACCCCACGGACUGCCUGUGCAUGGUGGCCCUUCCACAAAGCAGAGUGUGGCCUCUAUGCUCCCCGCUUUGUCUGAGAUGCUAUGUGGGAGAAGCGCUGAGCCAUUGAGACUUUGCCAUCGAUUGGACAGAGACACCACAGGGGCAUUAAUUCUAGCCAGGACCAUGGAGGCUGCGGAGCGUGUACAGAAAUUACUGAAGCAGCAUAGAGUGCAAAAGGUCUACUGGGCGCUGUGUAUUGGUGUUCCCACUCCUUUGGAGGGAAUUUUAGACAUCCCAGUUGUGGAGAGAGAGACAGAUGGCCCUCAAAGACAUUAUAAAAUGUCUUUAUCUCCACGGUUACACGUUUUUAAGGAUGGAUCUACAAAGAAAAUCCGCAUUUCGCGGUCUGCAAGGGAGGCUGUAACACGUUACCGUACAUUGUGUGAGGCUGAUGGAGCCUCCCUUCUAGAGCUGCAUCCAAUAACCGGAGUCAAACACCAGCUCCGGGUCCAUCUCUCUUAUGGCCUAAACUGUCCUAUCCUUGGAGAUCAUAAAUAUUCUCAUUGGGGACGACUUGCUCCACAGAAACCUCCUAAGGCAAUCCUCCAAGCUCUGCGUCUCUCUCUCCCUCAAGCACGUUCCCUCCUCUUACAUCUGCACGCUGCACAAAUAAGCCUACCAGCACAUGCAGCAGAAGAGGACCCAAUUGUGUUGCAGUGUCCACCCCCAAAAUAUUUCAUGAGCACCCUGCGUAGAUUGGGAAUACCGCCUCCAAGUCUGAAAAGCAUUGGUUAUCCUUUGGAAGAUUGAUUGCCUGAGUCCAGGGCGUUGGUGAAGCCUGAUUCCUGAAGUAAAGUGCACUAAGUAGGACUAUGGCAUAGAGUUUAUUUAAUAAAAUAUACAUAUAGGAAUUUUCCACUGCCCUCUAUAGACCAACCCACCCUGCUCCUGCAGAGUCAAGCAUAAUAUGCCCAAAGGAAGAUAGCGCAGCUCAUCAUGAUCAAGGCGUUGAUGUUCACAAGUCGGGCGUAGGGUGGAGACUCUUGAAUGUCAGGCAAAAAGGAGCCUUUUUCUUGUGGAUGUGACUCGAUGAUGCCUGGAAGCAGUAAUCAUUCAUGUUAUAUGUCCAUGAAGCAUCAAAUAAAUUCAUAUAGCUUGAAUGUCUUGCUAUUGUAAUCAUAAGUAAUGAACUAGCAAAUUGCCAAUCUCUAAGUCAUAUGAAAUGCACACACUACCUACCUGGAGCCCCAAUUUCUUCUCUUAGUGCCUGACUGUGCCGUAGACUGAACACCAAACGAUAAAGCUGAAAGACAUGAAAGGAGGGAAAUAUGUUGGGUUCUCCCCAAUAUUCCUUCUUGGAAAGCACAUAAUUAAACAAAUGGAUUUCUUACCUGGGCAUCAGGAAUUGGGGGAGUGCAGUAUGAUACUCCCAAUAUUAUAGCCCCCGAGCACAGAAAGAGGAUGAUUGCAAAGUAGAGAUAAUGAACCCCACAAAUGAUGGCAGGACAGGAGCUAGGAGAAGAGCAGCUUCCAGAACCAAAGGCAAAUUCUGGCACCAUUCGGCACAAACCCAGUAGAAGCCCUCCAACCAGCCCCCAAAAUGCACCCUGCAGAGAAGAAAACACAGAGCAUGCAUUUCAAUGGAAUGGGUAAAAUAAGGUUUUCAGCACCAUAAUUAGCACAUUGUCUUUUAUAUACUCUACUGAAAGCAGCUCUCCAGGCUUGAACUGACUUUUUUUCUUUUAUUCAAUAUGUCCACUGAUCCAAACUAAUAAAUACAGAACUCUCAAA